GUGAGCUGUGGGCUCCACCACACAGGCUGCUGUGUGGACAGCAGCUUCUUUGGCACGUAUUGUCUAGAAGACAGGAGAAAGGAUGAGCAUGCCAGAAAAGCCAGCCCAGGCAGAUUCUGAAGGCUGCACAGGCACCAUGAAUGCCAAGGAGGACGCCAAGUGGCUUCAGUGGGUGACACGCCAGUUUGAGACCAUUGCAGGAGAAGACCGGGUGAUCAACUUGCAAGAAUUCAAAACAGCCCUGAAUGUGAAAGAGUCCUUCUUUGCUGAGAGAUUCUUCACCCUGUUUGACUCAGACGGAAGUGGCACCAUCACCCUCCAGGAGCUGCAGGAAGGACUGACCCUGCUCAUCCAUGGCAACCCCAUGGACAAGCUCAAGUUCCUCUUCCAGGUGUAUGACGUUGAUGGGAAUGGCUCCAUUGACCCAGACGAGCUGCGCACGGUUCUCCAGUCGUGCCUGCAGGAGAGCUCCAUCUCCCUGCCGGAUGAGAAGCUAGACCAGCUGACGCUGGCACUCUUUGAGUCUGCAGACAAGGACUGCAGUGGCGACAUCACCUUCAAGGAGCUCCAAGAUGAGCUGCAGUGCUUCCCUGGGGUCAUGGAGAACCUGACUAUCAGUGCUGCCCACUGGCUAACGCCCCCCACCACCCAGCGGCACCUUCACCGUCCUCGCCCACUGACUGCUGCCUACUGGCACAAUCACUGCAGCCAGCUACUCUGCCUGGCAACCUACGUGGGCCUUCAUGUGCUACUCUUCGCACUGGCAGCUAGUGCGCACCGGGACCUCGGCAUCAGCGUCAUGGUGGCCAAGGGCUGUGGCCAAUGCCUCAACUUCGACUGCAGCUUCAUUGUGGUGCUGAUGCUCAGGCGCUGCCUCACAUGGCUACGGACCACAUGGCUGGCUCAGGUACUACCCCUGGACCAGAACAUCCAGUUCCACCAGCUUAUGGGCUAUGUGGUGGUCGGGCUCUCCCUUGUACACACUGUGGCCCAUGUUGUCAACUUUGCGCUCCAGGCUCAGUCUGAGUCCAGCUCCUUCCAGUUUUGGGAACUGAUGCUCACCACAAGGCCUGGCAUUGGCUGGGUCCAUGGCUUGGCCUCACCAACCGGUGUGGCCCUCCUGCUGCUGCUGCUCCUCAUGUUCGCCUGCUCCAGCUCCUGCAUCCGCAGGAACGGACACUUUGAGGUGUUCUACUGGACGCACCUGUCCUACCUCCCCAUGUGGGUCCUGCUCAUCCUACAUGGGCCCAACUUCUGGAAGUGGCUGCUGGUCCCUGGCACCGUGUUCUUCCUGGAGAAGGCCAUCGGGCUGGUAGUGUCCCGCAUGGCAGCUCUGAGCAUUGUGGAAGUCAAUCUCCUCCCCUCCAAGGUGACUCAUCUGCUCAUCAAGAGGCCCCCUCUUUUCAACUAUAGGCCUGGUGACUACUUGUAUCUGAACAUUCCCACCAUUGCUCGCUAUGAGUGGCACCCCUUCACCAUCAGCAGUGCUCCAGAGCAGAAAGAUACCAUCUGGCUACACAUCCGGUCAGAAGGCCAGUGGACAAACAGGCUCUACGAGUCCUUCAAGACAUCAGACCCAGUGGACUGUGACUCUAAGAGGCUGUCAAGGAGUUUAAAAAUGAGAAGGAGCCAGGGGAGGCCCCAGGGAUUGCAACCCCAGCCCGACGACUCCAAAGCCCUGGCACAGGGUCCAGUGGCUUCCAGCGAGGACGUCACCGUGGAGCUGACAUCCUUCGGGCAUGAGGGCACUCCGUGGCAGGGGGACAAAGGCCUGGUGCCCAAAGGGACAAAGGACAGGACUCAGGCACAGUGGGGAGCCUCUGCCAGCACCCGGGUUCCGGUCUCUGAGCUGUCCCCUGAGAACCACCAAUUCUGUAACAUCAAGUGCUACAUCAAUGGCCCUUAUGGAACCCCCACCCGCAGGAUCUUCGCCUCUGAGCACGCCGUGCUCAUCGGGGCGGGCAUUGGCAUCACCCCCUUUGCUUCCAUCCUGCAGAGCAUCAUGUACAGGUACCAGAAGAGAAAGCGUACUUGCCCCAACUGUCAGCACUCCUGGAUGGAGGGCACCCAGGACGAUGACAUGAAGCUCCACAAGGUGGACUUCAUCUGGAUCAACCGACACCAGCGGGCUUUCGAGUGGUUUGUCAGCCUGCUGACCAAACUGGAGAUGGACCAGGCCGAGGAGACUCAAGAGGGCCGCUUCCUGGAGCUGCACAUGUACAUGACCUCUGCACUCAGUAAGAAUGACAUGAAAGCCAUCGGCCUGCAGAUGGCUCUCGACCUUGUGGCCAAGAAGGAGAAGAAGGACUCCAUCACGGGCCUGCAGACGCGCACCCAGCCUGGGCGGCCAGACUGGAACAAGGUGUUCCAGAAAGUGGCUGCGGAGGACAAGGGCAAGGUGCAGGUCUUCUUCUGCGGCUCCCCAGCCCUGGCCAAGGUGCUCAGGGCCCACUGUGAGCGGUUCAGCUUCAGAUUCUUCCAAGAGAACUUCUAGCCCCUCCUCUCCAGGCUCUGCCCCAGUCCACACGGCCGGCCAGCUGGAUGGCAUUGCUACCAGUGCUGGCACCACAGGGCCCAGCCUUGGACGGCCACUGAAUCCUGCUCCACACACAAAGCGGGAGGCCCCAAGGGGCA